UUCAAUAAAACCCUAAUUGACGGAACAUUUUCUCUUACAUCUUCAAAAUCCUCAAACCCCAUCUCUUUUCUGUUUCUCCUAUGGCGACACCACGUGAGGAGAGUAACCCGUACGACGGCGGAUUUGGAGCCGGUGGAAAGUUCAGGAAACGGCCGUUUAGGAGGACAACUCCGUACGAUCGACCCCCAACCGCAAUUAGGAACCCCAACGGUAGCGGAGAUAGAACUGGUUGGUUAUCGAAACUGGUGGAUCCAGCGCAGAGGCUUAUUACUUACAGUGCUCACAGGCUCUUCGCCUCCUUCUUUAGGAAACGGCUUACUCCUUCGCCGCCUCAUCCACCGGAAGCGCCGGUGUCAGAGACUAAUCAGGAAGCAAAGGAGAAUUCACCUGCAGCAACUUCAACAGUAAAGCCAAUCUGGAAUGUGGGAAAUGCCAGUAAUCAUGCUGAUGAAGGUGGAGUUGCUGAACUUGAAGAAAUUUUGAAGCACAAGACAUUUACGAGAUCUGAAAUUGAUCGUUUGACGAGUUUGCUACAUUCAAGAACUGUUGAUUUUCCUGGUGAAAAUGAAUACAUGGUUUCUAAAUUGAAACCAGUGGUAUCAUGUGACAAGGAAGAAAAGAUUCCAGAGACCCCGGUUAGAGAAAAUGGUACUGAGAACCAUCUCAUUUCUAAUCCUGUUGUCUGCUCAACUGUCCUUGAUGAGGAUGUUGCUUCACCUGCUGAGCUUGCAAAAGCUUACAUGGGCAGUAGGCCUCAAAAAGCAUCUGUUUCUAUGCUUAGAUCACACAAUAAAGUGCCUAUGGCAGAUUCAGCUUUACUUAACAAUAGAAGUUUCCCUACUAAGUCACCCAUAACGUCUCUUGUGCCAAGAUCAGGCCAUGUUGGGAGUCCUGGAAAUGGUUUUGUGACCCCAAGAUCAAGGGGCAGGUCUGCAAUAUAUAGCAUGGCAUGGACACCUUAUUCCAGAGCUAACUCGGGAGUUGUUCUCAAGGGUGCUGGAACUGCAAGUAGUGCUUUUGGUGGACCAUCAUCGUCGUCUCGGAGUGCAUGGGAGCAAGAUAGAAUUUCCGGCUCUACUCAAGGGGUUUUAAAGCGCAGGAGUUCAGUGUUAGACCAUGAUAUAGGAUCAAUUGGCCCUAUUCGCCGGAUUCGUCAGAAAUCCAACAUUCUUUCUUCAAAACACUCUAUCUUACCUGUUUCUGCUAAUGCUCUAUCUGUGCACAUAGCUGACACUAGUUCAGCUGAUCUAAAUCCUCUAGCUGAGAUUGGGUAUAACAGCACUCCUGGCACUAGUUUUACCCCUGUUCCAUCCAAGUCUUCUGAAGUGGCUUCAAAAAUAUUACAGCAGCUUGACAAGUUAGUCUCCCCUGGGGAAAAAUCAUGUAGUAAGUUGUCACCAUCUAUGCUAAAUGGGCAGUCUCUUAAAAGCCCUGAGAAUGUAGAUUCUUCAAAAUUUUUGGACAUGCAUGCUAAUGACAAGUUGAGUGGUUCUCACAUGGUACUGCCUGAUUCUCAUGACUCUAUGUCUUACAACCGUGAUAAAGCUAAACGAAAUGGAUCAACAAUGUUGGUUGCCCUCUCUGAUAAGUCAGUUCAUGCAAUGAGUGGUAUAGAUACUGGUAGUUUAAUGAAUGAUAACAAUGAGCCUAAUGGUAAAGCUUCUGAUUCCACUGUGAUCAAGUCUGCCAUACAGCCACCUCAACAAAAGAGACGGGGUUUUCAGAUGAGUGCAAAUGAGGAUUAUCUGGAUCUGGAUGAUGAUGGGUAUCCUAACGGAGCUGCAUCUGCUACACUUGGUAAAGUAAGUAAGGGUGCUGCUGCUGCUAUAUCCGUAGAGAAGCCUAAGGUUGCCACUUCAUCUCUUCCGGCAGCAUUGUUGGCAUCUCAGUCAACUUCAACAGCUAAGGAAGAUUCUGCCUCGGAGGAACCAAAGGUCACUUCUAUGCUUAGCAUCCAGGAGAAAGUUGCAUCAGCUAAGCAGUCAGAUGUUGCUACUUCCAUAUUUCGCUUUGCCUCUGCCGAUGUUGGUGAAAUUUCAUCAGCUAGUGAACCUUCAGGUGCUAAGUUACCUGCAAGUUCAGACUCAAAACUGGAGAACACAAGCAGUUUUGCUACUACUGCUGCUGGUACAACCAAUUGUUUGGAGAAUAAAAUUGAGAACACUCCAACUGGGAUCUUAUUCAGGCCCCCUGAAACAACUAUAUCCACUUCUGGAUCAACUUCGAUGUCAGCUGGAAGCAUCUUCAAGUUUGAUACCUCGAAGAAUAGUUCUACUUUGAAUAAUGGGUCUCUUGCUUCAAGUCCUUUUUCUUACACUUUGCCAACACCAUCUCUAAUCCCCAAUAAUGGUCAAAGUUCAUCCUUUGGUUCUAUUAAACAUGUAUCCAGCGCAAACAGUGACCCUUUUGAUACUGCCACCGCAUCCACUACUGCCAAUGUCACCAUUAGCAGUACAAGCAGCAGCCCCUCACUUGAUGCUUCAGUCUACCUAACUACUGCUGCACCUGUUUUCAAGUUUGCAUCCUCUGGGUUCCCAUCAGCUGCAGUUUCAACCUUAUCUGCAACUUCAAGGGAAGCAGUUGAAGUGAAGACCCAGGAUACAAGCUCCGGCAAUGUUGGCCUUUUUGGUAGUAAUUCUGCUUUUACUAGCUCUGGAAGUAAUAUUUUUGGUGGUUCAUCUGCGGUUACAGGCACUAGCAGCACUUCUGGUUGUACAACUGCUAUAAUUACAAGCGCUGAAAGUAGUAGGCCCAAUGAUACAUCUUCCAACAUCACAAACUCCGGAAGUGGCUUUUUCAGCAGCACAAACACAGUGACAAACACAGGCAAUGGUAUCUUUGGUGGAACAUCAGUAAAUACAGACGCAGGCAGGAGUACUUUUGGUAGUGCAUCUUUGCCAAUAGCUAGUACAGGGAGUAGUACUUUUUCCACUAAAGCUUCAAUCUCUAGCACAGGAAGUAAAAUCUUUGGAUUCAGUGCUCCGGCUACAUCUGGAUCUACUAUGCAGGCACAGGGUUUAAAUCCUUUUAAUGCUGUUAAUACCCAAGCAUUUGCUGCUGGCACUGGAUUUGGUACCUCAACUCAAAGCACGCCAAUUCAGUUUUCUUCAUCUGGAUCAUCUUCCGCAGUUGCUGGGAAUACUACCUUUGCUUCUGGCACUUCAGUGUUUGGGUCAUCAGCAUCUGUAGCUAAACCUUUUGGUUCAGGGGCUAGUUCUGGAAUGAGUUUUUCCGCAUCUGAAACAAAUUCUUUGAGCUCUGGCAGUGGCAUUGCUUCAGGCACAUUUGGCUCCAAUUGGCAAGCCCCUAAGUCGCCCAUAUUUGAUUCAUCAACAUCAUCAGGGUUCUCCUUUGGAUCAUCAGCUUCUGUUACUGCUCCUAGCACUGCACCUGCUCUCUUUGGGUCGUCCACUGGUGCCUCCUCAAACUCCAUAUUUUCUUUCACUUCAGCUAUAGUUGCUACGCCUUCACAGUCUGUGUUUGGUAACACCAAUCCGGGCCUGGUGCUUGGGUCAACUCCUGCUGCAGUUGCUAUGCCAUCGCAGUCCGUGUUUGUUAACACCAGUCCCGGCUUGGUGUUUGGGUCAACUCCAGCUGCAGGUGCUACUCCAUCGCAGAAUGUGUUUGGCAACACCAGUUCAGGCUUGGUGUUUGGGUCAACUCCAUCUAGUAAUAAUGAUCAAAUGGAGGAUACUAUGGCAGAUGACACUGCUCAAACUGCACCAACUGUUCCAACAUUUGGUCAACCGCUAAUCUCACCUCCUGCAUCGGGGCCUCCUUUUGGUGCAUCAUACACAGCAGGAGCCACGUUUCAAUUUGGAGCCCAACCAACCACAUCACAUAAUCCAUCUCCAUUUCAGGCUUCUAGCAGUCAGGAAUUUGGUGCUGGAGGGAGCUUCUCACUGGGCACCAGCGGUGGUGACAAGUCUACUAGAAGAAUUGUGAAAGUCCGCAGGCAGCGGAAGAAGUAAAAAGGUUCCUCUUAAUUAUGAUGGUAGAGGAGAAAAGCACCUGAUGAACGUUGCUCUACGUGGUGUGGCCGUGCCAGUCUGAACUUUGAAAAAUGGUGUCGGUUCUACACAAGCAUGCGUAUACAGUUUUCCAAUCUUCUUAUGGUUGUGGCAGAAGUCACAAUUUGUAUGGUGUUCCGAGUUAGUACCAUAGUGAGAAAGAGAGUUCAAUUAGGUGAUAUGAGUGAUUUCAUUCAGGUUUUGUGUACCCUUGUCUCUAUUGUAACAUAAAAGAAGGAUAAAAUGCUUAUGACUUCAUUUUUAGAUAUUCUUGAUAAGAAGAAUUUCACCGCUUGUUUUGCA